GAGGUGUCUCGUGAAGCAGCAGGUGAAGAAGAAAAAGAAAAGAAAAGAAAAAAAAAAUCAAAAUCUCUCUCUCCUUCUCUCUGUGUCUCUCUUCCGCCGAUUCUCGCUCGCAAUAUCGCAUUCAUUCUUUGCUUCUGCCUUUUUUAUAUCACGAGAUCCCUAUCUAUCUCUGUUUUUCUUUCUCCUUUUCUCAUGUCUUCUUCAAUGCCUCCCUUCUCCAUUCUUUCACCUGCUUUCUCCAGACAUUGCUGCUGACUCUCAGUGCUAAGCGAGGAGGAAACACUUAUAGUUUGUGUAUAUAUAUUUAUAUUUGUUUGCCGGAGGGAAGGGUGGGUUUGAAAUGCCGCAUUCUCGGAGAGGGUCGGUGUCGGAGAUUGGGAUUGACGGUUUGAGCGAUAGGUUGAGGAGCUCAUUUGGGUCGGAAGUUAACAAGCCCGAUUUCCGGGAGCUCGAUCUGGGCUCGCCCGUUUCGCCGCUGCCGGCUCGCCGGAAUGGGGGCUCUGCGGCGACUACUGCUACUACCACUACAACAACAACUACUACUAGUAGUAGCUCUAGCUCGUCCGGAUCGGUGUCGGGCCGGGCCGGGCCGAGCUUGGUGUCGAAGAAGUCCGAUUGUAACAACUCCGGUGAGCUUUCGGGCUCGGCGGAGAGUUCACCGGGGACGCGCAGGUUUAAGCCGCGUCACGCGCGCUCUCACUCGGCUGGUGCCCCCUCUCUAAUAUACUCCGGCGGGUGCUCCGUCAACUCCCCGCCGUUGAAUACGCUUCCCACUGGGAAUAUCUGCCCCUCUGGGAAGAUUCUGAAGACCGGCAUGGCCAGCAAGGCCACCAAGACAGAUGUUUUGGGGUCCGGCACGGGGAAUUACGGCCACGGGAGCAUAAUGCGGGCCGGGGGAGCGCCCAAAACCGCAGGCGCUGUAGGCGGUACGGACAGUAGUGUCGCCAUUGCCAUGAAUUCUAGAGGAUUAAUGAUUGGCGGCGAGACAAUGAAGAGAGGAAUGCGGAGUAAUGAUCCGGAGGAGAUGAAAAGGCUAGGCAAUGAGCAUUACAAGAAGGGUAAUUUUCAUGAGGCUUUGAAUCUUUACGAGAAGGCAAUUGCGAUUUCGCCUGGAAAUGCAGCUUUCCAUUGCAACCGUGCAGCGGCAUUGAUUGGUCUAAAGCGGUUCACAGAAGCAGUGAGAGAAUGCGAGGAAGCUAUUAGGUUGGAUCCGAAAUAUGUUAGAGCCCACCAUCGCUUGGGAUCUUUGUUUCUCAGUGUAGGACAGGUUGAAAAUGCCAGGAGGCACAUUUGUCUUCCAGGGCACCAACCAGAUCUUAUUGAGUUGCAAAAGUUGGAGGCAGUGGAGAAGCAUAUAGGGAAAUGCAAUGAUGCCCGGAAAGUUAGUGAUUGGAGGAUUACUUUGAGGGAAGCAGAUGCUGCCAUUGCUGCUGGAGCCGAUGCAUCUCCACAGCUAUUUGCAUGCCAAGCUGAAUCUCUUUUGAAGCUCCAUCAAUUGGACGAUGCUCAUUCGGUCCUAUCAAACAUUCCUAAAAUGGAAGCAUUGGCUGCAUACUCCCAGCUAAAGAUUUUUGGGAUGCGCACUGAAGCAUAUUUGUUCUUUGUUCAAGCUCAAAUUGAGUUGGCUCUUGGAAGGUUUGAAAAUGCUAUUGCAGCCAUUGAGAGAGCAUGGCAGCUUGACUCUAAAAAUAUUGAAGUUUCAGAUUUAUUCAACAAUGUGCGGUUGGUUAGCCGAGCUCGUAACCGUGGCAAUGAUCUGUUUAAAUCAGAAAGGUUUACUGAAGCUUGUGCAGCUUAUGGGGAAGGCCUCAGAUAUGAUCCCGCAAAUUCAGUUCUCUACUGCAAUAGAGCAGCUUGCUGGUAUAAGCUCGGGCAGUGGGAAAAUUCUGUGGGUGAUUGCAACCAAGCUCUCCGAAUCCACCCCAGUUAUACCAAAGCCCUUCUCCGAAGAGCUGCCUCAUACAUGAAGCUUGAACGAUGGGCUGAAGCUGCAAGAGAUUAUGAAAUUUUGAAGAGGGAACUUCCUUAUGACAAUGAGGUUGCUGAAUCUCUGUUUCAUGCCCAAGUCGCACUGAAGAAAUCUCGGGGAGAAGACAUUUAUAAUAUGAAAUUUGGUGGAGAGGUCGAAAUAGUUUCAGGUCUUGACCAGUUCAGAGCUGCAAUUUCAUCUCCAGGUGCAUCUGUUGUACAUUUUAAAACGGCAUCCAAUGUUCAGUGCAAACAGAUCGCCCCAUUCUUGGACACGUUGUGCACUAGAUAUCCAUCAAUAAAUUUUCUCAUGGUGGAUGUAGAAGAGAGCCCUGCAAUUGCUAAUGCCGAGAAUGUUAGAAUUGUACCGACAUUCAAAAUUUACAAAAAGAGCAGCAGAGUGAAGGAAAUGGUGUGCCCGAGUCCCGAGGUGUUGGAGUCUUCGGUGAGGCAUUACAGUACUUAGUACUCGGUACUUGCUUCUUCACCUCUUCUCCUCGCAUUCCCUCGUGCCCCCAAAAUUACUGGGAUCAGCUCCUCCCUGCAUAAUACUAUUAUUACCUGUGACAUAAUCAGACCUACCGCAAAUAAUCCCAUUAGGAGCCAUUUUGGCCUAAAGGCCAGUGGAAUUCGGAGGAAUAGUUUAGUACAUUUUCCCCUUUUUACAUUUUAUUCAUUCAUGGUUCCACAAGUCUUCCCCGUCCCCUUUUCUUUGUAAUUCUUUUCUUCUUUUUUAUUUCCCCGAAAAUUUUCAUAUAGGCUGGCCUCUUCUUAGUACCUACCCCCAUCUUCUCUCGUAAACGAGAGACAUUGAAAUCAAUAUGUACAAUUCAUUACAAUGGCCCUUUAGGUGGAAAUGUUUAGAGAGACAGAUGGCCGGCUUGUCGGCUUUGGAUGAGGAUCUAAACAUGUAGAUACACAUGAUAUAAUACAUACCCCCGUAAAAAACACGACGGGCCAUUGAGGGAGAUUGGAUUGGAUGUGUGGCGGAGACUUCAUCGGGGUUAGUGAAAGAAGGUUGAAUAUGAUGUUGUUAUUGAUAUUAUGAUGUUUUCUUUGCAUAACCAUCAAUAAAAAUUUCUCUUAUUCUAUUA